UAUUACUAAAGACUAAAUGGUUGAUUUUUCUUUUGUUUGAAAUUUUCUGAAACAUAAAAUUUACCAAAAUUCUGAUUUUAUAAUUUGAUUCGGAGUCAAUGGAUUUUUCUUUCUGUUUUUGUAGUUUCCUAACCUUGCUGAGUUACACUUGCUAAUAUUAUUUUACUUAAUAAGAUGGCUAAAACAUUUCACCAUUGACAAUUUAUCAUCCAACUUUAAACCCUUCUGAUUUCCACUACUACAUAAGUUGUACCCGACCAGUAAAUAUUUUUUUAUUAAUAUCUAAAAUUUAUUUAAUAUAAUAUUUACUAGUAGGAAAAUUAUUUUUAAUCGUAAACGUGGUGCAAUACACAAAUAUAUGGGAAGCAUGGGUUUGGACUUUUUCUGCAUGUAUGGGGGCACUCCUUGAUAGAAAAAUGCUCUCUUAUGAAAAUUAGAUAAGAACAAGCAUGUGGAGCCAUGUCGGACGUCAAAAGUAUCAAAUGCUUCUAGAACACAAGUGAUACAUAGUUUAAAGUUUAAACAUAUCCUUUUUGGUUGAUCAAGAGAUAAUUUAACAAAAUUAAUUUCAACUAAUACAUGUAAUAUUGCCACAUCGACUUGAACUGCAGUAUAAUUUGAAGUAUUUUGUGGUAGGUGAUUUAUGUUAAAACCUUAGGCUUUCCUGGUCUUACUUUUUCUUAUAUUUAUGAUGUCAUAUAGAUGGAUCCGUAUGGUUUGCUUGCUGUAUACGUUAAAUUAACAAAAUAUGUUACAUAUUUUAUGACUUUGAGAAAUACCUUAUUAUAUAUAAUUAGUAAAGGCGUCAAUUAAGGAAAAUGGUAUAUGAUUCAUCACCAUCCUUAAAAUAUUUGUUAAACUGAAACUUAAAUUAUGCUUCAAAGAUAUUUUACUAUUUUACGCUACUUUCAUUUUCAUUAAGAACAUUCACUAAACAUUUCAUGUUUUCUUAUGCUAUAUGCCACUAACUAGUAGAAGAUCGAUGUAAGACUUAGUAUCAAACACCUCUAAUUCAUCUCAUCAUUAUAUGUUGUUAGUAAAGCUAAUACUAAUAUUCCUGCCUUCCUUUUUGUAAUAAAAGCUUAUGCUAUUUGAUUCCAUGUAAUUUCAUCAUACUAUUAGAGGAAAACUAAAACUUCUUUUUCUUCUGGUUUUAUUCCUGCAUACAGUCGAUUGCCAUUAACGGAGAAUCGUCUGAUGCCACACCUCCUCCACAUGUCCACAUGACAAUCUCACCAUGUAAAUUUGAUUGUUUGUAGAAAAUCAAUCAUUAGAUUGUUUGACACCCUUUUGUUAUAUAUCAAUAAAUAAACAGUUAAUUUCAUGUAUAAAACUAUUUUAAUUUUUUUAUAUUUUUCUCUAAAACAUACAAAAAUUAUAAAAUAUAGAAACACAUAUUCCCAGUUUAUUUAUAUACAAAAUAUAAACGCUUUUCUCUUACUGUAACUAUACACGAAUGAUAUUUUUGCUUUAAAUAUAGAUUUUUCUCUUUCAUAGUAAAAAAUUAAAAUAUAGAAAUAAAUAUUUCCAGUGUACUGUUGUAUAAAGCAGAAAUGAUAUUUAUUUUUUUGUAAUGUAACAGAAAUGAUAUUUCGUACUGUGAAUAUAGAUGAGUGAUAUAUCUUGCUUUAAAUAUAGAAGAAAAUAGUUUAAAGAAAAGUAUAUUACAAAGAAAUGUUGUCUACAAUAGCUUUGAUGAAACUGAAAUAUAUUUAAUUUUCUUUUUCAUAAGAAGAGGAAUCAUUAUGACUGUACAUGAUUCAUUACCGAACCGAAAUAACAGGUUUCUACUUUUAGUAAGAGAUCCAACUUGUCAUCAUCCUCCGUUUUCUCUCUCUCUCUCUGUCUCUUCCAGUUUCUCAAAGUUGCUCCAUUUGUUGAUUCUCUCAUCUUCUUCUUCUUUUAUCUGCUGAUCCUAAGCUUACCUGUCUCCUCUAUUCUCAUCGUUGAGAGUCAAUAACAUAACCUGAGUUACAUCAUCUGUUUUGGGAUCAGAACUGAAUGGACCUUCUUCGAUUAGAAGAUCAAGGUCUCUCUCCACCUCAUAAAAGAAGAAAAUGGCUGAUCUUGAUGGCGGUUUCCUGCGUCUCCGGUUAUGGAGUCUACAAGGUUUAUCAUUCACUAUCUGUCACCACCAAGAGGAAACGUCUUAUAAAGAUCCUCGGAGCUUUCCUCUCUGCAGCCGAGACCAUGACCACUGUCUCAGACGUGAAGAGAUUUCUCAACUCUGAUUCCGACAAUACCCCAGACAGCUUGAAACAGAUCGCUAAGAUCGCCACUUCGAAUGAGUUCACGAGCUCUCUCUCUACGGUUUCUCAGGCUGUAACUGUUGGUGUCUCUCGUGGUAUGUCCAGCUUUGAGUCUACAGGGAUUGGUUCAGAGCCAAGUGUUGUUGAUAGAGUGAUUGAUAAGGCUUUCUCAGAGGAAGGAGGUAGGUUCGUUUCUGUUGUGGUUGGUAGCUUUGCUAAGAAUCUUGUUCUUGGGUUUCGCUCAAAUGAGGUCAAGAAUGAUUCUGAGGAGACACCUCCAUGGGUGAGAUUGCUGUGUGAUGAUAAGUGUAGAGAGCUUUUAGCUGAUUGCAUUGAGAGAUUCACCAGCACAGCAGCGUCUGUGUAUCUCGACAAGACGAUGGAUAUCAACACUUAUGAUCAGAUUUUUGAAGGUUUGACGAAUCCGAAACACCAGGACAGCGUAAAAGACCUUCUUGUUACAGUCUCUAGUGGUGCUCUUCAAACUAUCGUCAGGACCUCUCACGAUGUCUUUACAUCUCCUUCUUCAAGGUCUAAUAUAGAAGAGAUCAAGACAAGGUGUUAGGAACUCUCCUAAUCACUUUUAGUCCUUGUUAGGUAUUCAUCAGCGUCCUUCUUGUUAUAUUAGUCAUAGUUGGAGCUGAAAAGACAAUAUACAUAUUGUGUCUUUGUAUGUACACACACUGAUCAUUCAAUAACAAAAAAAAAGACAUACCGUUUCACAAUUAAAUAGUUUUAUAACUUAUAACCAAUCUAAUGUUCUAUAAUCUAGGCUUUGAGAUGUGGCAUAGACCUAAGCUUAUCACAGCAGUUAUAAACGCAUGCAGUCUAAAUUAUAUACGUCUGAACAACCUGCCGUUUUCUAUACGUAACAAAGAAACAGCAGGAUCAGAGUCACAAUGAGUUCAUAGUCUCGCAUACCUUCUUCUCCUAAUCAUCCACCAAUUCUUCGCUGGAGCUUUCCACUGGUUGUUUACCGGCAGUUUUUGAACUACUGCUCCUUUUGUUGGAAUUGUGAAAAUCCAUGUCCAACUCUAUAUUAUACGAUUAGUAUGAUAUUGUCCACUUUGGCCUAGGAGGCUGGGCCGCAUGGUUUUACUUUUGGUUUCAUUCCCAAAAGACCUCGUACUAUUAGAGUUGGACAUCUCUUUUAUAUCUCUGCUACACACACCUCCCAAUCUUAACUCGAUGGGCUUCGUUCCUACUCCAAGGGUAUUUUGGUCUUCUUGCAGAUUUCUCGUCAACCGCUCUGAUACCAAUUGUUGGAAUUGUGAAAGUCCAACAGUCCAACUCUAUAUUAUCCGAUUAGUAUGAUAUUGUCUACUUUAGGUCUAAAAGGCUGGCCCACAUAGUUUUACUUUUGGUUUUCUUUCCACAUGGUUCUUGCCAUUCAGCUGAUUUCGUGCUCCUUGAUGUUUCUUCUCUGUUGCUAAGCUAUUUUCAUGGUCUUUGACUUGUAAAUGUGUUUGUUUGUGUCGACUUGUAGAUGUGUCUGUUUGUCUCUAUUUCUAACUGUAUGAGCUGAUUUUAGAUGACAUGUUUAUCAAUCUGACAUUUUGUUUUGCCUGUAGAUCAUUCGCUUUAAGGAGUGGAAAUACCUUGGCCUCAUGAACAAUUACAAACUCUGCGCUGAAACAACCGACCUUGAUUCUUUUGAAAGAUAAUCCCUGAAAAAUGUUGCUGCCAUCAUUGCUCAUUCAGUGGUCCACAUCGAUUUGGAUGACGGUUCGAGUGGCACAUGAAUCAUUAUAGAUAGUGGUGGCACGAUAAUAACAUGCGCCCAUGUUGUUAUCGAUGCACACCUACUUGGAAAUAAAGCAUAUUCCCAAUCUGAAAAAGAUAGAAUAUAAAGGAGUAGUUACGAAGAAUCGUUGUUGGUGGAGAGGUAAUUGGUAUGGUUGUUGGUGGAGAACCAUAGAGGAUUGUAUUUGCCUUGAGACUUGAUUCAUUGUUCCAAAUCUUGAAGACGAUAUGUUAUAAGCAUGCAAAUUCUGUGGUGCGUCAGAAUUGAUUUUGUGAACUAUCAUCAAUUAACUCAGGAACUCUUCUGUGAAGAGGUUUGGUUUCUCUAUAGUGUUUACUAGUUAGUUGAGUUUAUUAAUUGAAGCUGUUUUUUGUUGAGUAUGUCAAGUUUCAAUGUGGGUAGGUAGACAUUGCUUUGCUCUGUUUAUAGUUUGCCAAAUACCUCUUGGCUUAGGAAAUGAUUGGGAAAAUUGUCAAGUUAUUAACCACAUCUGAGCCAAAAUUGUGCGAUUAGUGUCUCCUUGGAAGUUCUUCUCUAAGCAAGUUCUUCUUCAUUUAAGCUGUAUCUUUUCUUUUUGACUAUGUCUAUUUGUAUAUUUUGCUUAUUAGGUUUUACUUGUAACGUUAUGAACAAAUCUGUGCAUUUGUUUUGGGAAAUUGGCACACUCCUAUGUGUGUGGAUUGAAAUGAAGCUUUACAUAAUCUGUUUCAAAACCUGUUUAUUCCACUGCUGUCUAAAUUUCAUUCUCUUAGGUUGACUUGAAACAUAACGAUAGAUUGAUAUAUAUGUAUGUUAUUUCUCGUCCAUGGCAUAGUAUUCUUUUCUUCCUGAAUGUUGUUUAUGUUAAAUAAACUUUUUUAUGCUGAUUCUUUAGGUUUCUUGCAGAUUGGAGCUUGAUUUUGCAGACAAUUGGAGUAAAGACUGAUUUUUUGGCGCUUAGAUUGUGUUUAUGUUAGUUGACACUUCAUGUCUCAACGUAUGAUUGUGACUAGUCCGUUUUUGGAAAGAUGUAAAUGAUAUCUUAUGAA